AUGUCCUGGCAGGCGUACGUCGACGACCACCUCAUUGCCACUGGCAAGAUCAGCAAGGCCGCCAUCGUCGGCAAGCAGGGUGGUAUCUGGGCCCAGUCGGCCGGUUACAACCUCUCGCAGGCUGAGCAGGACUUCAUCACCAAGACCGCCUUUGCUUCCCCUGACGAUGUCCGUGCCAACGGUAUCACCCUCGGCGGCUUCAAGUUCAUGGCCAUCCAGGCCAACCCGGACGAGGUUAUCGGCCGGAAAGGCGAGCGCGGUGUCUUCAUCAUUCCCACCACCCAGGCUAUCCUGAUUGGCGAGUACGAGGGCACCCCUGCCGGUGACGGCAACGUUGUCGUCUCCAAGCUGGCCGACUACCUCAAGUCGGUCGGCUACUAG